UGGCCCAUGCCCUUCUUGGAAACCAAAUUGGCGAAAAAACCCAAAAUGGUAAUGGUAUGACUAUGCAGAGGCGGCUCCUCCAGCUCUACGCUCCGGAUCCAUAAAACCUACGAUCCUACAACAAAUCAGAUUCUGAGUGCCUGUUAAUGAUGGAUACAGGAAAUGCCAAUUCUCUGGGUUAAGUGGUAACGACUAGCCGCCAUCCGAAUGGCUUCUCGCUGAGAUUGGAGCAGCUAUGCCAGGCCGAGAAGGAAUCCAUGACCGCUUACCACUACCGCCGAUCCAUCGGAGCAUAAAAGUACCUUGAAAAGCUCUCAUUCUCGCCAGUCCAAUAAAAGUCCAUCUCAACUGCGGGCCUAUCCCAAUUUCAGGCACUUUUGUACGCCGCCCAGCAGAUUUAUUGUCCCCAGUUUAGUCGGUGAUUUAUUUUAAUAUCAAGCCGCUGCCAUUAUGCGUAUCUACUCUAUAUCAAAUGGAAAUGGAAUUAGAACUACCAUCUGAAUCUAAAUCAGCAUCUAAGAAGCGAAGAAAGAACGGAUCAGAAUGGAGCGAAGUGGGAUGGAGCACUUGACCUUUUUCACUCCACUGAUGGGCCUUAACACUUCGCUGGUGUUUAUCUGGGCUUUGGCAUCUAACUCGAACUGCGAGUCAACGAGCCGUGUAAAAAGCCAAUUUCCGCAGUUUUCGCUGCGAUUGCCACACUUGUCAUCAUCCCUUCUCCAGGCUUCCAAUUUGGACCCCUCCCCAGGUCAUCGCACAUCCCACACCCAGUUGGCAAACAAUGGCCAACAAACUUAUUGCGGCUUAAAAGAAUCGCACUGGAAGAUGCUAGCAUAUCUCUCUCUAUCUGUGUGUGAAUGCUCCAAUUCCAGUCUCAAUCCCAAACCCAAUCCCAAUCCCAACUCCAAAGAAGCCACGCCAAAUUCGAGUCCAAGAGAAAGCAAAUACCAGAGACCAAAAACCCAAAGGGUCGUGGUGCUGAUAAGCAAUCGCAUGUCGGUUUUAUGAGUUACUCACCCAAACUAAUUGGGUCAACUCCAGUCCAAAUACUCGGACAUCGGCAUACGGAAUACGCUGGAUAUUCUCAAAUCAAAGAUGCUAAUUUCAUGAAGC